AUGGCGGAUCAGUCAAGAACUGCUCUCGUGGAGCAGCUCCAGCGCUUGCGCGGAGAAGCAUCACUACCUAGCUCUCCUCAACAUCUCUCCUCCCUCCUCUCCUCUCACUCGGGCCCAUGGCCCAUCCGCGAACUCAACCUCACAUUCCAAGAAAUCUAUAAAUCUCUCCCUGAAUCCCUCAAAGCCAACAACGACGAAGCAACCUCACAUCUUCGGGCACAAGUCAAGGCUGCCACUCCGGACAUUGCGGAGCUCAUUGGCACUGACUCUCGUGCUGGCUUUAUUGAUGCUACCACCGGCCAGAACCUGACCCACAAUGCGCUACGACAGUUCGUACAAAACUUCUCAGUGCCCGUGGGCCCUUCCAGACAUGGAAAGCCCCGCAUUGCUGUCAUUCUUCCCAAUGGCCCUCUCAUGGCUGUUGCAGUCCUUGCCUUUGCCAACAGAUAUACCAUGGUACCCAUGGCAUCAAACACUGUACCAGAACAGAUCCAGCUGGACAUGGAUCAGGUGCAAGCUGACGCCGUUGUCGCGCUGGACGCUGACAUUGGCAAGUUGCGCCUUGACAAUGGAGCUCGGCCAGUUUUUGGUAUUGAGCACCUGGCCGACUUGACUUUCAAGUUGGUUUCAUCAAAGAACACCACCGAGGCAUCAAGCUUCCCACCAAACACUGGCAAUGAUAUUUCCAUCAUUCUGUUUACCAGUGGUACCAGUGGUAACAAAAAAUUGGUUCCUAUUACCACUUAUAAUCUCAUCUCGGGUACUAUGGCCACCAUCGAGUCGGUGGAGCUGUCUGAGGCAGACACUUGCCUGAACAUGAUGCCACUCAACCAUGUUGGUGGAAUCAUCCGUAGUAUCCUCUCUCCUAUCCUGGCAGGUGGUGCUACAAUUUGCUGUCCCGCCUUCGAUCCUAGCAUGUUCUGGGAUGCCGUCCAAAGCCCUCUGAUGACACCAACAUGGUACUAUGCCACCCCUACCAUGCAUCAGAUGAUUCUUGGUGAAUCUGAGCACCGCCCAGACGCUUUCAAGCAAAGCGCCAUCAAGUUUAUUUGUAACGCCGGUGCCGGUCUUCCCCCUUCAUUGGCUGGACAGCUUCGUGAUACUUUCAACUGUGUCAUUCUUCCCAGUUAUGGUAUGACGGAAUGCAUGCCUAUCGCUGCUCCUCCCAAAGACUACACUCUUGAUCGUCAUGGAACCUCCGGACGCAUUGUCGGCCCCGAGGUUGCCAUCCUGUCAGAGGGUGGCAAGCCUGUUCCCCGGCCUGAGAUGCUCGGACACAUCUGCAUUCGUGGAUCCCCCGCCUUUGAGGGAUACCUCACUGCUGAUGGAAAGAUCGACACCAGCGCCUUUGAUGAGUCUGGUUGGUUUGAUACCGGUGAUCUUGGAUACCUUGAUGCCGACAACUACCUCUACAUCACCGGUCGCAGCAAGGAAGUCAUCAACCGCGGUGGUGAGAUCAUCUCUCCAGUGGAGGUUGAAGAUGCCGUGUUGACCACGGCCAAGCACCCUGGCUCUCCGCUGUACGGACGUGUCACCGAGACCUUGGCUUUCUCUGUUCCCGACGAGGUCCUGCAAGAGGUUGUUGGUGUGGUCAUUGUCACCACCCCUGGAACUGUGCGACCGGAUCUUCGCCAGCUGCAGGAAGCCCUGCAGCCUAUCCUCCACCAGCCCAAGUGGCCCACCUUGGUGGUCUACAUGGACCGUGUCCCCAAGUCGAACAACAAGAUCCAGCGAAUCAAGCUGGCGCAGCGAUUGUCCUUGGAGCCUCUGACUCCAACAACCCCUCUCGCAAACCGCCACUUUGAAGCCGUCUGCCCGCCCAAUGGUACUCCGCUCAGCGAGCCGAUCCCCAAGAAGGCUUGCACAAUCAACGACCACAUCAUCCGCUCGGCGCUGACCGAGAAGGCCAAGACAUCUGAUGUGCACAUUCAGAUCAACCCGCGUGAUGGUUUCACUCAGGCUAUUCUGUUUGGCCAAAACCCUGAGGUUGAUAACGUCAAGCCCAGUGAUUUCCAGGAACACCUCGACGGCUACCUCAUUCCCAGUCGUAUCAUUCCUCUCAAGGAGCCUAUGCCUCUUGAUUUCUAUGGAAACCCUGACCAAGCUGCUAUUGAUGAAGCCGUUCGCGCUCUCCACUCAGAUGGCGACUUGACCCCUGUUCAGCGCCGCACGCGUGAAAUCUUCGCCGGCGCCUUGUCUUGCGGUACGGAGGACAUCUCUGGCCUUACCGACUUCUUUGCCGCUGGCGGUGACAGUCUGAGUGCCGGUCGUCUAGUUUCCCAGCUUCGCCGUGAAUUCGGAAUCUUCCUGGCUGGUGACAUUUUGUUCCACUACCCCACCAUUGGAGAUGUGGAGCGCAAGAUUGCGGAAAGCGUUGAAGUCAAGGCCGCCAAGGGUGAUGAGGAGGAGGUCCCAUUGCCUGGCUGUGAGAAGACCUACAGCAGCACGAACCCCAUUGUCAUGUUCUUCAACAUUCUUCCGGUUCUCUUCUUCUUCCCCAUGAAGCGUGCCUUCGAGUGGCUUAUCUUCGCGUACGUCGUGGCCGAAUGUUCCACCAUCUGGCCUAUUCGCGAUCACAUUCUUGGUCGUGUCGUCUUGAUUGUUCUGGCAGUACUGUCUGCCCGUGUUGCCUCGAACUUCCUCUUCCCCUUCCUUGGUAUCUUGUUCAAAUGGCUCGUCAUCGGCCGUUUCAAGGAAGGCAUCUACCCCAUGUGGGGACCAUACCACACGCGCUGGUGGUUGACCCAGAAGGCGUUGCAGGUGUGCGGAAAGGGCUACUUCAAGAAAUGGAACUGGUCUCGCGUUGCAUUCUACCGCCUCCUUGGUGCCAAGAUUGGAAAGAAUGUCACCAUUGUCCCAUCUGCCAAGCUCGGCGAGUAUGACUUGAUCGAGAUCGGCGAUAAUGUCACCUUGGACACCUGCGGUGUCCGCCCAUUCGCUGUGGAGCGCAACACUUCUAUGCUUCUGAAGAAGAUUCGCAUCGGAAAGGACUCUUCUGUCGGCACUAAGGCUAUCGUUGCUCCUGGCGCUGAUGUUCCCGAGAACACUUGCAUUGGUCCCAACUCCUCGAGCUGGGAGCUUCACGACGCCGAUGAAUCUAACCGCGAUCUCCUAUCUUCUCGGAUCCCCCAGCCCCACUGGAUCUGGACUCUGCUUAUUGUUGAGCCCAUCAAGCUUAUCGUCUGGGUCUUUGCCCGUAUCACCUGGAUGGCUGCUCUCAUUCCCAUGGUCCAAAACUACCCGGCUCCUUCGGAGGACAUGUUCCUGUCUGUCCUGACAUGGUACACCAGUGGCCAGCGAAUCGGAUUCCACAUUACCGCCCGAAUCUGUCGCUCUGUUGGAGGUCCUAUCGUACUCUUCAUUUCCCUCUUGGUUGUCAAGAAACUGCUGGAUCUCUUCUGCGGCAAGCCCCAGCCUGGUCCAGCCUCGAAGCAGAGUGAACGCCAGAAGAUCCGUGCCGCUGUCCUCGCUCAGAUCCUCCCUGCUGGUGACAUUCACGACCUCACCCGUCUGGUUGGUCGUCACUACGAGCUUGUUUCCAUGGCCAUCCGUGCCCUUGGUGGCAAGGUCGGCAAGCGUGUCUACUGGCCCAGUGUUGGCCCCGCUCUUCCAGACUUCGAUCUCAUUGAAGUCGGAAACGAUGUUGUGUUCGGCUCCCGCUCAACUCUUGUCACAUCUGACGGCUAUGGUCGCGACCGUGUUGUCAUUGGCGAUGGUACCAUGGUUGGUGACCGUGUCGUUGCUUUGCCUGGUACUAACAUUGGUCGUGAGGCCAUGAUUGGAUCUGGAGCUUUGCUUCGCCGCAAUGGUGAAUACCCUGCCAACACUGUCUGGACUGGUAGCAAGGGUGGUGAUGCAGUUCAGUUCCCGAGCUCCACCACUACUUCCACCGCCCCCACUGCUGUUGGAAGCAGCAGCAACAGUGCCAAUGGCAGCAGCAGUGACGAUGAGAAGAAGGUGAAGGAAAUGAUUGACGAGAAGAACUCUGUCCGUGUUGGAAAGAGCAAAGCAGUCAGCGAGAGCAACGAAAAGGAUACUUGCAAGCCUUUCGGACGUGCCUUCUACCAUCACGAGGCCAACUACUACGUUCUCCGCAUCUGGCAAAUUGUGAUCUACUCUGUUCUUUCCGUCGUUAUCGUCACCGUCUACUGGCUGUUGCCGGUUGUGUUCUCUCUCUUCGUCCUUCGUGCCAUCCUCACUCACGGCACCGCAUUCGCACUCAGCAUUGGCCCGUGGCGUCCAUUUGUCCUGUACGGCUUGCUCGCUUCCAUCCUGUCCGUCAUCAGUUGCGUCCAGACCUUCCUGGCCCUCGUCAUUGUCAUCUGUAUCAAGUGGGCCGUCAUGGGUCGUCGCCUGGAAGGCCAAUACCACUGGGACAAGAGCAGCUACAACCAGCGCUGGCAAUUCCUUCUCUCCUGCGAAACUCUCAUCAAGGACUGCUAUGGUGGCUCUGGUCUUCUUCCCAUGAUUACCGGUACCUCCUACCUGGCUUGGUACUACCGCAUGCUCGGUGCCAACAUCGGAAAGGACUGCGCUAUCCACGCCAACGGCACUCCCAACGUCUUCUUCACCGAGCCCGACCUCCUGACACUGGGAGACCGCGUUGCAGUUGACGAUGCCAGUCUGGUCUGUCACUUGAACUCGCGUGGUGGCUUCGAGCUACACACUUUGAAUGUUGGAGAUCGUAGUAUCUUGCGCGCUGGAUCGCGCUUGAUGUCCGGUGCUUCCAUGGGCAAGGAUGCUUGUCUUCUUGAACACACCCUUGUUCUUUCGGGUGACCAUGUCGAAGAUGGUGAUACCCUUCAGGGAUGGCCCGCUGAGGGCUUCGAAGGAACGCGAGUUUAG